GUGUAAAAACAAUAUGGCGGGCAGUGUCAUCUGGGGAACGUAGUGAAUAUAACGUGAAAUAAUGAAUUUUGUUGUUUUAGAAUAUGGGUGAAUAUGUGCAAUAAUUUAGUAUACUUAUUAGUGAAAAGUGUUGUGUUUUAAAUAUAUUUGUGUAAUUUGAGUGUGAAAAUGGCCUCGGAUAAGAUCAAAGUAGCUGUUCGGGUUCGUCCCUUUAACAGGCGAGAAAUAGAACUAGGGACACAAUGUGUGGUGGAAAUGGAAGGACAGCAGACUAUCCUCCAGAAUCCGCAGUUGGCUCACGACAAAGAAAGGAAACAACCAAAGACAUUUGCAUUCGAUCACUGUUUCUACUCGCUGGAACCCACGCUGCCGAACUUCGCCUCACAGAAGACGGUCUUCGAAUGUCUAGGUCGAGACAUUCUGGACAAUGCCUUCGAAGGGUACAACGCCUGUAUCUUCGCAUAUGGACAGACAGGUUCAGGAAAGUCCUACACGAUGAUGGGCGCACCUGGACCCGACGAAGGCGGUAUCAUACCUCGCCUUUGUGAUGCGUUAUUUGAGAGAAUUGCACGCCAGCAAUCACCUCCCGCUCUUACAUACAAGGUGGAGGUUUCAUACAUGGAGAUCUACAACGAACGCGUGCACGAUCUCUUGGAUCCGGAGACGACGCGUCGUUCUCUACGCGUGCGCGAACAUGCGGUCUUGGGACCCUAUGUCGAUGGACUAUCACAGCUCGCUGUUACGUCAUUCCAGGACAUAGACAACCUGAUGACGGAAGGUAACAAAUCUCGGACGGUGGCAGCUACGAACAUGAACAGCGAAUCGUCCCGUUCACAUGCAGUCUUCAGUGUCGUCUUAACGCAGACUCUCUGCGAUGCCGCUACUGGUGUUUCCGGAGAGAAAGUAGCAAGGCUAUCAUUAGUCGAUUUAGCAGGUUCUGAAAGGGCGGUGAAGACAGGUGCAGUUGGAGAGAGACUGAAAGAAGGAUCAAAUAUUAACAAAUCCUUAACAACAUUAGGUCUGGUAAUAUCGAAGCUGGCAGAUCAGUCAUCGGGCAAAAACAACAAAGACAAAUUCGUGCCCUACAGAGAUUCAGUGCUCACGUGGUUGCUGAAGGAUAAUCUCGGAGGAAACAGCAAAACUGUUAUGGUAGCUACAAUAUCGCCGGCAGCUGAUAAUUUCGAAGAAACUUUAUCGACGUUAAGAUACGCGGAUCGCGCCAAACGUAUCGUCAACCACGCCGUUGUCAAUGAAGAUCCAAAUGCUAGGAUUAUUCGAGAACUGCGGCAGGAGGUCGAAGCACUUAAGGAGAUGCUUAAGCAUGCAACCGGUUCUCCAGUUGGCGAAGAUGUCCAUGAACAAUUGGCACAGAGCGAGCACCUGAUGAAAGAAAUGUCCCGAACGUGGGAGGAAAAACUUGUCGAAACUGGUCGAAUACAAAGCGAAAGACAGCACGCUCUCGAAAAGAUGGGUAUCAGCGUACAAGCAAGUGGUAUAAAGGUCGAGAAGAACAAGUUCUACCUUGUCAAUCUUAACGCGGACCCUUCGCUCAACGAGCUGCUAGUGUACUACUUAAAGGAGCGUACACUAGUCGGGGCUGAUAGUGAAGCGGACAUCCAGCUCUCGGGUCUCGGUAUCCAACCCCAGCACUGUCUGCUGGUGGUGGAUGGCGGUUGGUUAAACAUGGAACCACUCGGAGGGGCACGCUGCUUUGUCAAUGGAAACCCUGUAGUCUCAAGAGUCAGACUGGGACACGCGGAUAGGAUUUUGUGGGGCAAUCAUCAUUUCUUCCGCGUCAACUGCCCCAAGGACAUUAACGAUAUGUCCACAGCGGCGACAUCCGAGCCGCAGACGCCGGCGCAGCCCAUCGACUACAACUUCGCGCGCGACGAGAUCAUGCUCAACGAGCUCAGCAACGACCCCAUCCAGACCGCCAUCUCGCGCCUCGAGCGCCAGCACGAGGAGGACAAGCAGGUUGCAUUGGAAAAGCAAAGACAAGAGUACGAACGACAAUUUCAGCAGCUCAGAAAUAUAUUGUCGCCAUCCACUCCAUAUCCUCCGUAUUCGUACGAUCCACUCAAAUUAGGCAAGAUGCCGGCGUGCACGCCCACGACGGCGGCGCGCGUGGAGCGCUGGGCGGCGGAGCGCGACGACACGUUCAAGCGCUCGCUCGGCCGCCUCAAGGCCGACAUCCUGCGCGCCAACGCGCUGGUGCAGGAGGCCAACUUCCUGGCCGAGGAGGUGCGCCGCAACACGCGCUUCAGCGUCACGCUGCAGAUCCCGCCGCAGAACCUCAGCCCCAACCGGAAGCGUGGAGCAUUCGUAUCGGAACCAGCGAUAAUGGUGAAGCGUCCGUCACGAGGCGCCCAAGUUUGGUCCAUGGAGAAGCUGGAGAACAAACUUGUGGAUAUGCGGGAGAUGUACGACGAGUGGAGAAGGCGACAACAGCGAGAUGAUAUUAUCGAAGACGAACAAGGAGAAAAGGCCCUGGAUCCAUUCUACGAGUCGCAAGAGAAUCAUAAUUUGAUCGGUGUAGCAAAUAUAUUUUUAGAGGCAUUGUUUCAUGACGUCACUUUGGACUACCACACUCCUAUUAUAAGUCAGCAGGGAGAAGUUGCUGGGAGGUUGCAGGUUGAAAUAAGUCGAGUAUCUGGACAGUUUCCACAAGAUCGAAUAUGUGAAGCCGCUUCGGAUAGUUCUGGUGACAUGCGAGACGAUGACGAACCUGUAGAUCCAGCGUCCCAGCAAGUGACGGUGCGCGUGGCCAUCAAGCAGGCGAGCGGGCUGCCGCCGUCGCUGUCGCACUUCGUGUUCUGCCAGUACUCGCUGUGGGGCGGCGGCGAGCCCGUGGUGGUGGCGCCGCUCGUGAGCGCCGAGCCCGCGCCCGCGCCCGCCGCGCCGCGCCGCCAGCUGCUGUCCUUCCGCUUCGACCACCGCCGCGACCACGUCGUGCCGCUCACCGAGGAGUUCGUGGAGCACUGCGCCGAGGGUGCAUUGUCGAUCGAAGUGUGGGGACACCGGUCGGCGGGCUUCAGUCGCACGUGCGGCAACUGGGAGGUGGAGCAGCAACAGCUGGCCAAAGCGCGCUCGCUGGCCGACCGCUGGGCGGAGCUCACGCGCAAGAUCGAGCUGUGGGUCGAGAUCCACGAGCUGAACGACCAGGGGGAGUACGCGCCUGUCGAGGUGGCGGCGCGCGGCGACGUGGUGACGGGCGGCGUGCACCAGCUGCGCCAGGGCCAGCAGCGCCGCGUGGCCGUGCGCGUGCGCCCCGCCGCCAACUCGGGCACGCUGCCCAUCAUCUGCCAGCACAUCGUCAGCGUCGAGCUGGGCUCCGUCUCCGUCAGGUCACGACUACAGAAGCCUUUGGAUUCCUAUCAAGAAGAGGAUUUGGGGAUACUGCGAGAACGCUGGAGUGACGCGCUCGCUCGACGCAGACAGCAUUUGCACGCUCAGUUACAAAAAUUGGUCAACAUGUCUCCAUCAAUGAAAAGUGAACGCGACAUGGAGCGGGAACAGAGCCUUGUUGAACAAUGGGUGUCGCUCACUGAAGAGAGAAAUGCAGUGCUGGUCCCAAGUCCCGGAAGCCCCAUACCCGGAGCGCCGGCUGCGUGGGACCCUCCACCGGGUAUGGAACAGCACAUACCAGUGCUGUUCCUUGACCUUAAUGCGGACGACCUGACGACAAACUCGUCUGGCGAGGAGGUAUCAGUCGCCGGCCUGAAUUCGAUCCUACCUAAGGAGCACGGGAACAAGUUCUACGAACUACAGAUAUUGCAUCACCACGACAAGGACGUGUCCGCGGUCGCCUCCUGGGACUCCUCCAUACACGACUCACCGUACCUCAACCGGGCCACCGAAGCGAACGAGCGCGUGUACCUGAUCCUCAAGACGACGGUGCGCCUGUCGCACCCGGCGCCCAUGGACCUCAUCCUGCGCAAGCGCCUCGCGCUCAACAUCUACAAGCGGCAGAGCCUCACCGACCGGAUACGGAAGAGGAUCGUCAGGGUGGACCAGCUGACGGCCACCGGAGUGACGUACGAAGUGGUCUCAAACAUUCCCAAAGCCUCCGAGGAACUGGAAGAGCGCGAGAGCUUGGCGCAGAUCGCGGCGACCGGGGAAGAGGCCAGCGCCGCUGACGGAGAAACUUAUAUCGAAAAAUACACGCGGGGUGUAAGCGCCGUAGAGAGCAUACUCACACUGGACCGCCUGCGUCAGAGCGUUGCAGUUAAGGAGCUAGAACAAGCUCGCGGACAACCCAUUACUAUGCGGAAAACCGCCUCCGUGCCCAACUUCUCACAGGUUAGCUCCACAUUGCACCUUAGCAUAACGAGAUACGGCUCACUCUACAAUGACUCAUCUUCAGGUCCGAUGGAGAUACGCUCAUUGAUGAUGUCACACCACUUCACAAUUCUGGCCAACUUAUCGAAGCGACCCGGCCAUGGAUCGUCUUCAUGUGACUCUAUGCCCUGCUUAAACAAACUGAAAACUAAAACCAAUCUGUCGCAGGCGCUCGAGACCGCGGCUAAGAACGGAACGAACAUCAUGCGCUUGGACUCGUCGUUGGAGUCUCUGUCGGGGCUGGGCAGCGCGCGCUCGGGCAGCGUGGCCGACCUGGCGGACGAGGCGCCGCGCCGCGCGCACGCGCACCGCCACUCGUACGCCGCGCCCGCGCACGCGGACGCCGACAGCGCGCCGCCCGCCAAGCCCUUCGGUCUCGCUCGACCAACGUUCCUUAACUUGAAUUUGAACCUGAACUCACUGCGACUACAGACGCCAAAUAAGUCGUCUCCGGCAAGCGGUAAACUGGGUUUGCGUAUGACGACGUUACACGAGGAACGCAGGAAUGAUGAUGAUUCUCACUCUGAGCCGGAAUCAGCUCCGAGUGACGAACUAUCCACUCCACGCUCAAAUCGCACGCGAUCGCGUACGAGCCGCGGCUUCCUGCCCACGUCCAAGACGCUCGACUCGCUGCACGAGCUGGCCUGCGAGCGCGUGGCCAGCAAGAACUCGCCCUCGAUAUCGUCCAGUGGAUACGGUUCACAAGCAGUAUCAUCUUCAAAUCUCACAAACGACGACACGCUCUCAAUCAGAAGCAUGUCAGUGGACGACACGCCGGACUUCGACAAGACGAUGGACUACACACACCUCAGCAGGACAAAAACAUCGAUGGCGGGUCUCAGAAACGAAAUCACAGAACUAAGGAACGAUAUUUCAGAACUGAAGAACGAAAUCGUCGAAUCGAAGAAUGAACUGGAAGAAGCUUCAUUCGAAAAAGCGAAAACUCCCGUUCUAACACCUGGAUCCCGUAAUAGGAUCAAUCCGUUUUUACGAGAAUGUGAGGAGAUCUCUAAUGAAAAAGAUGGUCAGGUGGUCGAUCCGCUGGGAGCCUUGCCAGUCGAGAAUGCCGUGUUGUCUAGUCAGCUACAUAAGGUCGAGCCCGUGCAAGUUAAUGGUGAAACGGGACACGAUACCUCCUUUGGUGAGGCGGAAGUGGAGUCAGUUAGUUCGGAGCAAUCAAGUCACGAAGCGCGAAGCAGAGAAGCCUCUUCGAUGGGAGAGAGCGACUCGCCCGGACCUGACUCUAUUGUCAAUACCUCGUUACCCGCUGGAAAGGUCGUGAGGCGGCGCGCCGGCACCGCGGCCCGCAGCGCGGCGCGCGCGUCCCUCCCCGCGGCGCGGCCCCGCUCCGCGCACGAGCCGCACGCGCACGCGCCCGCGCUCAGGGACACGCCCGCCUCCUCCACCGAGCGCCUCGGAGACGAGGAGUGCGAGUCGGGCCGGCACGCGGCGCCCGAGUGGCUGUGCGUGGGCGAGAGCGUGCAGCUGCGGCUCAGCAGCAGCACGGGCGUCGUGGCGUACGCCGGGCCCACGCACUUCGCGCCCGGCCUGUGGGUCGGCGUCGAGCUGGACGCGCCCACCGGUAAGAACGACGGCGCGGUGGGCGGCACGCGCUACUUCACGUGCCGCGCGCGGCACGGCAUAUUCGUGCGGCCCGACAAGCUGGUGCAGGACCGGCGCGGCCGCAGCGCGCGCGCCUUCCGCGACGCCGAGCUGCGCCGCGCCGCCAGCAAGGGAGAAGGCCUACACAACUUGCACAGGUCGAGGAGUCGCGGGGACAGUAUAAACACGGUCGGGACGAAGACGAGGGGCAAAUAAAGUUCUGACGCCGCUCACGGAUCGAAUUUAUGAUUACGUCCACUCAUAUCUCAGUCCAGUUCUGUUUUAGUUGCAGUCCUGUAACGCAAAUGGUGCUUUAUAUUUUAGUAAUUUUCUUCGCCCCUUUAAUUUCUAAGCGAAAAUACGUUUAUUUAUUUAAUUCGUUUUGUUAUAAAAACUGUGGGAAAAUCAAUUCUCCUCGCAUUUGUUGACUCGAUCAAUAAAUUGACGAUGGAAAAUCAUUCGAUUCCCUUCGACUUAGAUGUAUGACAGCGUUUUUUGUAACGCGUAUUAUUAUUAUCAUUGUUUUUAUUUUUAUUUUAUCCAUUGACCACAAAAUUUGUAAAUAGAUUGAGUGAUUUAUUUCAAUCAUGUGAUUUAAUUUUAUUGUUAUGUUCAAAUGUAAAUAUGUGAAUCUUUGCGUGUUAUGACGAUAAUUUAAUGUUUUAGAGCCAAUGAAUUAUUUGUGCUUGGUGAUAAUCGAUUAAUUGCUUGUAUAGAAUUAUUUUUUACUGUAUAGUUUGCGGUGUAUACGUUACGAUGGAUUAUUUAUGUAUUGUUGUAGAUAUUAUUUAAGCUUAUAACGUUUUCGUGUAUUUCACGUAUGAUAUCCGUUCGCAACGAACUUUUUCCAAACGAUAUCACUAUAAAUAUAAUCUUCCUUAUAUAUCAGGACCAGUUUCGACUGCCAUUAACAUCAGGUUAAAGGUUAUAUUUGGCGAAUUGCAAUGACACUUAGUGCGAUGUUGCGAUAAACAUCGAUUUUUAGCAAAUUGAGUUCCUAUAAGCAUUUUAUAUCCCCGGCGUGUAUAUGAUUUAUAGAGAGCGGUCGAUUGAGACGCAGUUUUACAAGUGUAGGAAGUUUUUACUUAUAUUUUAUAUGCAUUUACAUUUGCCUCAAAAUUGCUCAGGGUCGUGCGAAACGUUCAGAGGUAAAUUAGUCCAAUCCACAGAAAUGUCAAUAUCUCAUUCAAAUUACAUAUUCAGUAAUUUUUUAUAGUUCCUUGGAAACCCAGAGUUUUUUCGUUAGCUCGAUAUAAAAAAAAAUAUCUAGCACUAAAAUAAGUGUUUACAUACUGCACUUUAAUGCAUCAGUGUAAUUAAAAAUGCAACGUGAUGUAACAUUGAAUCAACAAAAAAUGAAAAUCUUCUCUCUUACAUGCUUGUGCUCUUACGAGUGUUUCAGAGAAUAUUAAAAUGUAAUUUUCAUGUACUGUAAAGUCUCAAUUUUCGAUAACUGACAUACACAUAUAAAAAAACGUAAUUUCGUUUAUUUACUACGUUUCUGAGGAUUGGAGCACUCUACCGCUGAGCGCCCUUGUGUUAUCGGCACAGUUGCCAGUGCGUUGUGAUAGUUUCUUGCCACUGGUACUAGAGUCAGUAAAUGACUUAUUUUUUUAUAAUCAUUGUCACAGAGAUAUAAUUUGGCCCUUAUUAUUUUGAAACGUAUUUACGAAAUCGUCCAAUGCUACAUCUUCGUCCUUAAUAAGACUUGUACUUAGUACACAGAAAGCCAUGCGACGGACAAAAGAUGGCCAAUAACACUGACAUCUUUUACACCUUUUCGGCGCAAGCGACGAGCGACUUACCGUAGCGUCUAUACGACAAGGCUAUUUUUCAUAAAAGUUUUGUAUAAUAGUUUGCUAUUUACCACAUCUCGUUUAUCUAAUAUUACGCUAAAAAUACUAUUAACGAACUUUAGUUCGCCUCGCUCGGCUCUUGCGCCGCUGUCUUAUAUCGAUUAGGUUGUGUAGGUAAAUUUUGAGAUGUAAUAUAAAAAAAAAAAAAUAAGUAUUUGUAGUGAAUUUUUGGCCUGAUGUAUAUUGAUCAAAUAUCAUAAUAAAAAAAAAUAUAUUGUCCU